AUGUAUGAUUCGUACACCUUCUCAUCGAUUGCCAAUGACACCGAGUUCGCGCAGGCAAGGGCACCUAUGCCAAUUAUCGUUGCGGUGGAGCGGACGUCGGGACAGCUUCAGAUCGCGGACAAUUCCACCAUUAUAGAAUUCAACCCAUGGGAAAUGGGGUCCGACGAUCCGGGACUUGCCGCUUUUGCGCCUCUGAGAUAUGUCGGCUCCGACUUCGAGAACGGUACCAUCAAACGGGAUGGAGAAUGCACCGCUGGGGUCGAUAACGCCGGGUUUGUCAUGGGGACCUCAUCGUCACUGUUUAACCAGGCCAUAAACAACAAGCUAGCGGAUAUUGGCGAAGAGAAUAGGGACAUCGCCAGCUGGCCCAAUCCAUUCUACAAAUACAAUCCCAGGAACAACUCAAACGCAGACAGCACAGUCCUAACGCUCGUCGAUGGUGGCGAGGACUUACAAAACAUUCCCCUGCAUCCAUUGAUCUUAUCUGACCGACAAGUCAAUAUCAUCUUUGCCAUUGACGGCUCCGCUGACACUAAGACUCGCUGGCCGAACGGCACGGCCCUUGUGGCAACAUAUCAGAGAUCCAAGGAGGGCGUCUCGACCCAAAAUAGCGAGUUCCCAAAGGUUCUAGAUCAAAACAUGUUCAUCAAUCUGGGCCUAAACAAGCGUCCGACAUUCUUCGGGUGCGACAUAGACACCAACUCCUCGUUAGGCCCGCUGAUUAUCUAUCUCCCCAACGCACCGUAUACAUAUCAGUCCAACUUCACGACCUUUGACCUCGAAUAUAGUCAUAUGGAGCGGAACGAGAUCAUUCGCAACUGA